UCUACUUUUAAACUCAAAACAAUUCAUCUGUUUCUCUCCUUUUUCUUCACUUCUUGAGCACUUUCCUUUCUCUGCACCUUCUUAGACUUAUUACAUUCCCUCUCUCAGAAACCCUAACAAUCAAACAGAGGGUUCAGCUCAGGUCAUCUCAUACAUUGAAGAUUUGGACUUCAUACGUCAUUUCUAAGAAGAUACGUCACAGAUUCAGCAAUGGGAGAUCAUUCUGAAUCUUAUCCAAGAGACUACACUGAGAGACAACAGACAAGAACGACAUCAGAUUCGGCCUCAUAUUCAACAACAAGUGUUCAUGUAACAGCAUUAGAUGGUUUAGUAAACGUAAACUCGCUAUUCACAAUUGCAGUUUUUGUAGGUUUGUCGUUAACAACACCAGGUCAACAUAGUUUAGAGAACAAAGAUAUUUGUGAUGCUGGUAUUGACGUUGCUAAACGACUCUUGGUCUUUGAAGUGGUUUCGUUUAGUUUCUUUCUCUUUUCUAGCUUAAUUGCUCAAGGAUUAAAGCUUGCUAUUAAUCUUCUGAAUAGUAAAGAUGUUGAUGAAGCUUUACGUGCACACAUCAACAUAAAGGUCCUAAGGUUUGGAAUGUUGGGGUCAGCAGUCGGAUCAGUUAUGGGAUGCAUAUUUCUGAUGUUGUCAAUGGUGCAUGUUAUAGAAAUUAGGUUAGGGUUAUUGUCUUGUGGUAGUAAAGCUGCUGUUCGUGCUGUUGCCACUUUGACUACGUUGGUAUCAUCUGCACUUCUUGUCUACAUUACCACAGCUGUCUAUGCUUUUACUCAUUAGAUCAUAAUGUAUUUGUAUACACCUGAAUUUUCUGUAGUGUUGUACAUUGAUCAGUGAGUUCAGUUUUCUGUAUCUUUUGAUAAGUAUAAUAAUUCUUCUUAGAACUGACAA